CCGUCGCCUUUCGCCAAGGGUAGGGGGUGUGCAUAGGCAAAAUUUUCCUAUGCUUAAAACUCUCUGGCCAUCUUUCAUAAUUAUACUUUUUGUGAUUUAAACUUUUUUUUUUCAUUCGCUUUUUAAAAAGCGCGUGGUUAUUUUUUUUUGCACUGCCAUUAUUUCACAGAUUUUAAAACCCCCUUAACUAUUCAAGAUGAUUGACACAGUAACAGGACCCGGAGCUCAGCCCUUCACAGUUCAGCUGAAGGCCCUGACGGACCUGGAGGGUCGCUAUCAACCAAAACUCAGCGGCUUGAGGCUCAUCGAGAGCGCCCAGGACAACGGGCUAAGGAUGACCACCAGACUGAGAGAGCUGGAGGUGAAGGACCUGCUCUCUCUCUCUAGGUUCUUCGGUUUCAGCUCAGAGACCUUUUCACUAGCCAUCAGUUUGUUGGAUCGAUUUCUCUCCGUCAUGAAGAUUCAGCCAAAGCACUUGUCCUGCGUUGGCCUUUGCUGCUUCUACAUUGCUGUGAAGUCGUCAGAGGAAGAGAAAAACGUACCUCUGGCAAGUGACCUAAUACGCAUCAGUCAGAAUCGCUUCACAGUGUCUGACAUGAUACGAAUGGAGAAGAUCGUCAUGGAGAAGCUCCAUUGGAAGGUGAAGGCCCCCACAGCCCUCCACUUUCUUCGCCUGUUUCAUGGGCACAUCCAGGAGCAGCUUGACACCGAGAGCCGAAAGAUUCUGACUAUUGAGAGACUGGAGGCUAAGCUGAAAGCCUGUCACUGCUCAUUUGUCUUCUCCAAAAUAAAGCCAUCUCUGUUUGCUAUGGCUCUGAUCGCUUUUGAAGCCCAGGAUCAACAUGACCCUGAGCAUAACGACAAAAUAUUUGAUGCCCUGAAUACCCUGCAGCAGCAACUGAAUAUAAAGGAUGGGGACCUGGUGUGUGUGAGGGAGCUGGUUGGGAAAUGUCUGGCUGAAUAUGCCAGUACUAGGUGUUCAAAGCCUAACCGCCAGAGACUUCGCUGGAUCAUCUCGGGGAGAACUGCACGUCAGCUGAAGCACAGCUACUACAAGAUCACGCAUCUUCCCACCAUACCCGAGACAUCUUAUUAAAACUGGAGUUUAUAAAUGGAUGGCCUUACAUGCAAGAUUACACCUGUCCCCAUCAUUACACCUUUGCUAUGACGAGACUGUCAUUAUUGGGUGACAUCCUUGCAUUAUGGUCUUCCAUUUAUGCCUCCAAUAUUUUCCUUACAGAUCUUCAUUAAUGAUGAUGGAUUUCUUUAAGGAAAAGCCCCAAAAAUUGCUUGCAAAACAUCUGUCAGAAUAUUAAGCAUACUGUUCAAUCCCACUUGUCAGAAAGGUCAAUCUACUGCCAUCCUGCCAAGUUUUACUUUCUUGGUUGGGCUGCUUGCACAGGUGUACAGUAAUGUUAGUUUAAAUUUGUACCGGGCUUUUUUGGCAUUUCCUGGUAUGGGUUGCUGUUUUAAGCUAAUAAGUAUAGAACCACCUAGGUCCUCAGUCCACCAUGUGGAAGAGGAGGGAGAAGGAUUUUGUGAACAGCAAAAAUGGAACCAAGUAAUCGGGCCCAAAGUCCUUAACUCCCACCCUAGGUCGCUAAACUGUCCUGAAUGCACACUCCUACCCAAGGUGAUUUUCUUUUGGUUUUUUUUCGUUUUGUUUUUCCCCAUGGCGGGGAAGAUCUGGUUUGGACCAGCUAAGUGAGGCAAGUGACAGUUGUUGUCAUGUGCCUCACCAUCCUGCUUGAGCUGAUAUAGUCGUAGCAGAUGCAGAUGAGUUGUUUUUUCUGAUUCUAAAGUUUGUGGACACCAAGCCGCAGUAGUUGGUUUCAGUCAAUAUGCAGUGAACACCGUGAUGUGGCUGAUGCAGUGGAAAUGUGGGUUAGAAUUUGUUUUUCAUUUUCUUUACCAGUUUCCCUGUGUAGUUUUUGUUAGUGACAAAAAUGAAAAAGUGUUCAAGUUAGAAAUGAUCACAGGAAUACACCAUCUGGUAAAACAAUGUGCUUGUACCUUUCAAUAAAACUUUAUUGAAAAGCUAUAA